GACAGGGGCAGGUGGUCAGGUCAGAGUCCAACGGCCCAGCAAGCCUACGACCUAUUCCUCCUUCCAGCCCCAAGACAGGAGAGAAGACCAAGACAGGGCGAGAAGAGAGGACACACACCUGACCCAGCCCCGCCCCCCAGACCUACCCAGGGACAGCUGGGCCCAGCCUGGGCUGUACUGCUGGGAAAUGAGUGACUCAGCCCCUCCCUAAGGCCACAGCUGGACCCCAGCCUAUCCCCUUCAGCCUGCACAUCUGGACAUGGAUCCCGUCAUCACAGAUGGCAUGGAGACCCUGGGUUCUACAACCAGAGGACACAGAGGACACCACUCCCCCCCCCACACUGGAUAUGUAAAACCCUCUGAGUGCAUUCCAUGUGCCAUUACCAUGGGAACACUGACAGUCUCCCUGCACUCGGUCACUCCAGUUCCACAGGAGCUCCUACCCUGCUCCCAUCAUACCAUUUUGUGUUCCUAAGUCAAGGGAAGUAUGCUCAUGUCUGUGUAGGUGUAGCCUCCACCUUUGUCUUGGGAUCCUGGAAUUUAUACAACUGCAUAUGUGUGUAUGAUUUGAUGACUGUCAAGAAGUUUAGGACAUCAAUCUCUGCAUAAUACACAGGUUUAUAAAAGAUGAGUGUAGGGGCUGGAGAGAUGGCUCAGCAGAUAACAGCACCUGCUCCUGCUGAGGACCCAGUUUGUUUUUGUGGCUCCUAACCAUUCAUAACUCAGUACCAGAAGAUUUUACAUACAGACACAUAACUGGUGCACAUACAUGCAUGUAGGCCAACACUCAAAAAUAUAUAAAAAAAGAAACUUAAAAAAAAAAAGCUAGGAGUGGUGGGUGGGGCAUACCUAUAAUAUCUGCACCUGGGAAGGGCAGACAAAUGAUCCGGAGUUCAAGGCAAGUUGGAGGUGAGUCUGGACUCCGUAAGACACUGUCUAAAAAACACAGUAAGCUUGGUGUACGCCUUUAACCCAGCACUCAGAAGGAACCAAGUGGAUCUCUAUGAGUUCAAACUCAGCCUGGUCUACAUAUUAAGACCCCGUCUCAAAAAUACAAACCAAAAAUUUGGUCAGCCAGCCUUAGUGGUGCACACCUUUGAUCCCAGCAUAGGAAGUCAAAGGCAGGUGGAUCUCUGAGUUCAAGGGUAGACUGACCUACUUAAGUUUCAGGCUACCAAGUCUCAAAACAAAAUUUGGGGUUUAGGGUUACCCGGGAGCCUCAUUAACACCCCCUCAUUUUUCUCUGCAUAGUCCAAGCAGAGUCUAUGAGACUGUUCUGUUCUGAUUUGGUCUUCCUGUGUCUGCCAACUACAGGCUUCUCAAUAUGAUCCUCUUUUUGGGUCAGUCUGUGAUAUUCUUUGUGUGAGAAAUGUGUGACAACUGACACCUCAGGUUGGCACCUGAAUCUGUCUGUAACCAUACCCUACUACUUGGUGUUCUUGUUGUUGUUCUACAACCUAGCAGAAUCCAUGUUUCUGAGAAACGGAUUAUUUUAUUGGACACACUACUUGUUUCCUGUGAUACUGUGCCCUUAUCAUGGGUCUGGUUUACCACACUCCUUUAACAGUCAAAGUAUGUGUGUGCUGCCUGUGAUAACUCGGUGAUGACAUGACUGUCUCAACCAUGUGUCUCAGCCAUAAUUUCCAUGUGAGGGGCACUUGUGGGACAGCCCAAAUCCCAGGUGACAGAGAAUGGUAUGCUUUGCCUCAAUGGUGUGGCAUAUAUAAACUUCUGUGUGUGAAUAUGGUUACGUUUGUGUAUCUGUCACACACUUUAUAUGGCUGAUAUACUGAGAAACUGUGCUUCUAGAUUUAAGUCCCUUUGUGACUGGGUCCAUGUUCGCAGGGCUGCCUGAACAGGGGUUUCUCUAGAGUGCAGCAGGUGUAUCCUGUGUCCCUGUGACACUGUGGGUCAGGGUUGUUUGUGACCUUGUGUGUGGAUGAGGAUGUCAAAGUCACACCAGACAGCCAACUCAGUGGAGGCAGCUACAUGCGUACCACUGUCGCUAUCUGCAACUCUCCCUCUGGGAGGACUCCACCCCGCACUGCGGGGGCGCGUGCGUCUUUCGUGACGUGAGACACGACGGAGUUCGCUGCGUGCGUGGAGCCCGACGCGGUCGUGCGUGCGUGCUAUUGUAAGCCGGGGGUGGGGUGGCUGUACGUGUGCGUGAGCGCGCGGGGGCAGUCGCGGGAGCGCGCGGGGCCCUGUACGGCUGAACCAGAGACUUUGGAGCAGGUGAAACUCCGAGGGGAGGGGGGGAGAGGAGGACUGCCGUUAACCCCUUCCUGCCCAAUCUGAAACUCCGGGCCCCAGAGCCGCAUAAACGGGGGCUUCCCCAUCUCGCUGGGCGGGGCAGUCCCUGCUGGGAAGACCUUCCUUCAGAGAGCUGAGACCCCCCCCCCAUUGCCAUGGAAACAGCUUCCUGGAUCUGCCGGGCUCUUGCUUCCUCCCGCUCUGCCCUUCCUCCCUCCGACCAUGUGCUUCCCGCUCCUGAUCUCAACACCGCAGGGCUGGGGGUCAGUAAGGCCAGGGCGUGCGUGACUCAAACCAGCCCUGGGGUCCCCAGGCCGCACUCGGCCUCACUCCCCUUGCUCUUCAUCGGUGACUCAUGCCUCGCGGCUUUCCCUAUGCAUGACUCAGGCCCCUGGGGAGGGGACUUUGGGACCCCCCCCCGACAUCCAGGACUAUGAAUUAAAUUCUGAAGACCUCCAGUGAGGGGUUACCCCUCAGGAGACAGGAGACCAGGCGUCCCUUUUCAUUGGCCAUAGCGAAAGUCAUUGGGGGGCACUUCCCCCAUCCCUCAAUUAACAGCUUCCCCCGUCCUGUCUCCGGGAACCCGGUGUCUCCGCCCACCAGCCCACAGGAAGUUUUGGCAGAACCUAUCGUGGCAAUGAAACGGUUAAAAUCGUUUUCUUAUUCAUUUCAUCCAGGGGCUUUUUUGACUCAGAGCAAGCGGGUACCCCCUUGAAAGCUUGGCCUCACGGGGACUGGGGCUCCUACACCCCACAGACACCCUGCUUAGAGGGGGAAGGUGGCUGCUUAGCUGACUGUGGGUCUUGUGAAGCAUUAGCUGCAGCUGCGUACAGAGUUCGGUUCGGUCCAAAUCCUGUCUCUUCCCUCGCUCGUUUCCCAUCUGAAAAUGAUGUCCAACUCGUUGAGGACUUGUCUUGAUUAGAUGAAUAAUAGAUGGGACGCUUCGAAUUCAGAGUUGGACAUAAGAGGUAGGGAGGGGUGUCUCAGACCUGAGUGUCCAGGUGCCCAUCAGAAAACACCUACUCCAUGCUCCACCCACGCACUCUGAGGCCAUGGGGUUCAUUUUGUCCACCCCUGCCCCAGGCUGGCACCCAGGAAGUGAGAGGCGGGGCAGGAAUGAGGCGGAACCUGUUGGGUUAGUCCCUUCCCCGCCCCCCACCCUCAUUCUCAUGCCCUGACAAGGACCCCCCCUCCACGAUAAAGCCCCACCCCCGCCACCCUGGACGCCUGGGUCCUGACCUGCGGGUGGCCGGAAACAACGUCUCGGGAACAUCCUGUGGACAGCUAGCUGGACAGACAAGAGGGUCAGCCCCUCCCAGGGCAGGGCAGACAUAGACAGGGGCAAAAUAAACAUGGCCCAGGGUGGCUAGACUGCGGGGGAGGGGUGAAGUGGGGGUGCUCUGCAAGAAUGUACACAAAUACAAGGUCACCCUGAGAGAGCCAGUCCAGAGGAACAAACCUCUGUGCCCAGGCCACUAAGACAUCUAGUCAGAGACACACAGACAGGGAAAGCAGCCAUCCAUCUGGUUAAGACACCCAGCAGUGGCCCAGACAGUGACAGCCAAGACAAGAACAAGGACUCUGGAGAUGUACUCAGUCGUAGAGGGGAGAGACAACUCACAAAGGCAACCACAGAUCAAAAGCAGACAGAGCAGCUGGGAUGUAGCUCAGUGGUCUAGUAAGCAUGAGGCAGUGGAUUCAAUCCCCAGAAUUUCAAACAAAGCUCAUAGGAUAGGUGUGACCCAGAUAAACCAGCUCUCACACAGACUGGAUAUCAGCACACAAAAGUGCACAUUUGUGGUUUGACAUUCCCAGAAAGGACAGAAGUGAACUAAGAGCCUCUAGGCCACAUGCACAAGCAGUAUUAUUACUAUACAGAAACAGGAGCGACAAACAUUUCUAUAGACAGAUGUGCAGAGGCGGCACAGUCACCUACAUACCAUGUCAAAGUGCCCCAGGCACCUACCAACAUAAUCGUGGCACAUACAGUUGAAGAUGAAGACUUACACACAAUGAUUUUGAGAUUUUGUUUUUUAUUUUUUUGAGAGAGGGUCUCACUGUGCCCCAGUUAGCCUGGAAUUUUAAUUUAUUUUGCAGACCCAACUGGCCUAGAACUCACAGAGAUCCACCUGCCUCUGACAUCUGAGUGCUGGGAUUAAGGCCUGUGUGACCAUGUCCAGCUAUAGUCACCUCUUAAUGGCUCUAACCAACAGAUGAACAGGAGGGUACAGAUGGACACAUUCUCAGAUGCAGUCUGGACAGACAAUAAUACCUAGUGCAGGGUGGCAGAAGCAGACCACAGCCCAGCAUUCAUGAACACACGAGCAUGGAGAGACCCUGACAGAGCUGUGGCUGGUGACACAGACUGCUCAUGAACCACACAGGCCUCAUGCUGUCUCACGUACACACACAAGCAGCCACAGACCACAUAACACACACACAACAUACAGACCAACUAGGCUUCUCUCUUUCCUCUUUCCCUCUCAUAGACACACAUAGACCACAAAAACCAGACACAAAAUGUGUCCCCUUUUCCCCCCUGCCCAUUUGGAAUAUAUGUUUAGCCAUGGCUGGUCUAUAUGUAUGGGGGAGGGGCCAGCAGUUCCAGGCUAUCCACGUAAAUACAGAGACAUAUAAACAUAAAGACACUUCACACACAUAAGGCAAAACAUGUACCUUGCACACACAAACCAAAUACAAAUAUGUUAGCCAUAUGUAUGCCCAGAAUUGAGUCACAUAUUGUCCACCCAAUGGAACGUGCACACACACACACACAUACAUGAGCGCGUGCAUGCCUCACCCUCACCCCCUCCACAUAAAGCAGAACUGAGUUCUCACAAACAAGCCCACACCCCCUGCAGGGUUGCACCAACACACAGAUAGAAGCCCUGAGCAGACCUCAUGUACUCUCACAGGCCCUAACAGGCCAACCACACUUGCACCCCCCUCACACACCCCUUGCUGAGGUUCUGUGGGGCCCAGAGAUCCUGGCACUUCCUCUCCCAACAUCACCCCUACUUCCCUGAUGUUCUCCCGCUUCCCCUGUCAGGCAGGAUUGGUUGUUUUCUACUGAUCUCUCUCUUGAAGUGGACACCUUGGAGCUCAGGCCCCCAAGUCUUUGGCAGCCGUAUGGGAAACUCCCUCUGGGCCCAGUUGAAUCAGUGUGAGGAUAGAGCCUGUUUCCAAGAAAACCCAGCAACUUCCUCUCCAGAUGAGGGGCAAUGGACCCCUAAAACCGCAGAAUAGGGGAGGGAGGCGGCUGGCGGCCUUCCAAGAUGAAGACCUCUGGGAUUGAUUCUUAGCUUCUUCUGGCCCAGCCACCAGUCCACACCCAGGGGCAGGGACAGGAGACGGGGUGCUGUGACUUGUGGGCUCCCGCCCCAGCCUGCCCACUGGCUGACUCACAGGCAGCCCCCAGCCCAGUUUCCUGGUGGCAGCGCUGGCACCGGUCAGUGGGGCCAGGGAGGAGAACGGUCACCAAACUAUUUAUAAGAAGGAGAAGUCCCUGGUGCCAAGGCCAAAAGCCCCAGAGAAACCGUGGGUGGGUGGGGGUGAACUUCCUCCUUACCCGGAGAGGUAGCCCCUGGCCCUAGGUCCUGGGAUCUGGGCAAAUCUGGCAAGGAAAAGCCAGUCUGGUGCUGACCUGUAGCCCAGGCAGUGUGGGGGAGGGGCUGUCUUCACACCCUCCACACUGGACAGGCCUGGCGCCAGCAGGGCGACUUGAGGAGGUGGUGCCCAGGCCACAAGAGUGAGAAUGGUAGGGGCCUGGAACCGGCUGUACCAGCUUGGCUGGCCCUGCCCUCCCUGGUUGGCCUCUUCCCCAGCCCCUGCUCAAACACCCAGACAGAAAGUGUGAAGGAAGACCCCACGCUGGCAGAGUGGCCACUAUCAUCUUUCUGUGCUAAACUCUACUUCUCCCACUGAGGAAAAAAGAUAGGCCCUUUGCAAAACGCACACUAGAUUUGUAUGUUGCUGGUUCUCCAUAAAUGCCUCUCUACAACAUAGUAGUGUUCAGGAGGUAGCCAGCUGAUCCACAGACUGUAUAUCAAUUCUAGUUCUUCUAGCUCUGAGACAAUUAUUAAAGGUCCUUCAUUUCCUUUGCUUCAAUUUCUCAUAUGUUAAAUGGAAACUCAUACAGCAUGCAGUUGCCUGGAUCAUUGGAAGUAGCCAAUGACCAACUUUAUGUAAGCCACUUUAGAACAGGGUCUGGUCCAUGGUAAGAACCAUAUAAGUGUUAGCUAUUAAAAUAAUAAUUGCUAUUUCUCAGACAGUCUGUCUGCCUGUCUUAAGUAUCUCCCCGUCUCCAUGUCUGCAGAAGACUAACCUUGCCCCAUCUGUCUCUCUGGGUGUCUCCCCUUGUUCUGCCUUCUUGCCCCUAGCCACCCACUCUUGUCUUCCCUUUGGACCCUCUUUGGGCAGGCCUGGCCUCUCUCCAGGACUUCCCUUUGGCCUAGCCAGCUUCAGCUGUGGCAUGGGUGAGUCAGUGUGGCCUCCUGGCCAGUGGGACAGGCAGGUUGGCUUCCCAACAUGUUGCCCUCCGUCCUGCCCUGCCCCCAAAGGCUGCGGCCAGCACCCCCUCGGGCCAGGCCACAUGUCAGCUGCAGUUAUUAGCAUGGGCAGGAGACACAGGCCUGGCAGCAUGCCCGCAGACUCAGCGGCUUCUGGAAUCUCCCUUGAGACUGUGGUGGGGGAGGGGAGCUGUUCAAGCAAGGGCAAGAUGGGAGGGAGCACUUAAGGGUCACAAGGAUCUUUCAAAGACUGGGAUGUCCCCAGCUCCUUCCUCUCCAAUGUCCCUACUCUGCUGGACUUCCCCCCUUCCCCCCUCCCAGCUGUUUCUCUUUUGCCUCUUUCAAUUUCCUUCUCUGUCCCACACUAGGUGAUCUCUGAGUCUGUUAGCCCCUGUCCCUAAGCUUCUCUCUAAAGAAGCCUCCUCUGUCUUCCCAGAGAGACCUGAGUCUGGGAAAGAGGAAGCGAUGGAACUCUCACCCUUUCUUCUGGUGGCUCCCAUACUGCUUGGAAGUUCCACCUGUCUAACUGGAAACCUUGUUAUUUAAACCUCCACCUUGCCCUUCCUGGAGAAGGGGCUGUGAGUUCUUCCAUUUUCUCCCUGCGACUUGAGUGGAAAGGUCCCCAGAUGAGGGAGCCGGCUUAGUAAGGCAGGGACCUUCUUUUAGGUACCUCACUCACCCCCAACUGAAAUGGACGUAGGUAAGAGGAGUAUCCAGACUUCAAAGACAUGGGUGGGGAAAGGGGACCCUAGAUCUUCUGGCAGAAGGGAAGGGCACAUACCCAGGGGAGGAGGCAGCCCUGUACCAGCCUGCCCAGGCGCCGGGGAUGCCUAAAGGCAUCAUCCCGCCCCCUCCGCGCCCUGGCGGGCCAGGGGCAAAGUCCGACCCAGGCCCUCAGGCAGGCGGGGACCUGCCAGGCUGCGUCCGACCCAGUCGGGCGGGACAGGACUCAGCCCCAGAACUGCUCCGCGGGGCUGGGUCAGGCCGCCGGGGGGCCCCCGGGGGUGGCGGUCGAGGCUGGUCCGGACUAGCCGUCCGGGGGCCCGGGCGCGCCCUGGGACCUGGCAGCUACCCUGGGUUCCUGGCUCCUAGUUCUCCGCCCCAAGACUGCACUGGUCCCACCUCUUCCUGUGCCCUAAUAUGGAUCUUGGGGAGAAAUUCAGGGGGGUUGCCCCGCCCCCAAUCCAAUUCGCGGACUCCGGCCUGUUUCCUUGGUGAUGGAGGCCCCGCUCCCAGGCUGCAUCCCCCCCCUCCAGAGGGUCAAUGGAACAGUCCUCGGGCUGCCAGGCUUAGCAGUCGCCGGAGACUGCAGGCUGAACCAUUACUAGAUGGGGGAGAACAGACAGUGACUGGAGGCGUUUGUAGCUGGGCUGUGACUUCCUCGGGGUCGCUUGCCCGGGUUCCUCUUCUCAGGAGCAGAAUUGGCAGGGCCCAGGGCAGGGCGCACCGUCCUGUAGGCUCAGAAUGACGAGACAGGGCCGGGCUCUUUCCCCCUCGGGGCUGUUGCCACACUUCCUGCCUGGGCUCUCUUUCCUUAGCCUGUUUCUAAGGAAGGGAGUGGGGUUGGGCGACCGCGCCCCAACUAUCCCGCCCCGUCGGCUCUCCAAGAGCUGACAGGGUAUCGGGCGAGCCCAGGGUGACUAAGGAAGGGCUUUGGGCUUAGGGUCCAGGCUAUACAGGUGCCUAGGGACCACCCACGAGGUAUAGCCCUAUUCGUACAAGUCCCUUGUCUCUGGGAUCCCCCGAGUCAUCUUCUCAGGCAGAUCUCAGAUACCCUACUGUCAUCGCCCUUGGAGCUCGGAAGUCGUGCCCUGACCCAUCUAACUCUCCAUCAAAAUUGUGCAAGUGGCCACAGUAGCCCCAACCUUUGGUAGCCAUGUUCCCAUCCUCCACCUCUUCUAUUACCUCAGUGUAUCCAAGACCCUUGCUCACUUUCUUCAUAUCUACAAUGCCUUCCCAUUUCCACUUAUAGGAGAAUCUUCAGACUCAUCUAUGGCCUCUAGAACCCCUCCCUACUCAUUUCUUGCACAAUAGGUAUCCGAGCCCCGCUUCCUUACCCCUUCCACCUGUGACAAUUCCAGUCCUUCAAGCCUUUUGUACCUGGGACCUCCAGUUAAUCCCUGGAUUAAAUGUUAACAAAUUCCUUCCGAUUUGUGCCUUCCCUGCUUGAUGGGGUCUUCUAGUGUAUGGUCAGUUCUCAAGCUACGGGUACCCUGGGUCCCUCGAGACUUUACCGGGUGUCUCCGAGGUCCCCCUUCCCUACUUGCUGCGCACCAAGCUCUCAUAUUCACCUAGGUGUACUCCCGCAGCCCUAACCGCUGUGUGCCUCAGCCCCUCAACAUCCCUGGCUGGAGUGUCUCCAUCCCUACAGCCCCUCCCCCUGCAGCCGCGCAGAGCCACCCGGCUCGUGGCCGCUGUUUACAAGGACACGCGCUUCCUGACAGUGACGCGAGCCGCCUCCUCCCCUUCCCCACGCUCUAGGAGGGGGCCGCGGGGGCCCGGCUCCCGCAUCGGCCAAUCAGAGCGCACUUCCGUAGCUGACAAACUCGGUAUAAAAGCUUGGGGCUGGGGCAGCGCGGUGGGGACCUUGACGGUGGCCGGGCCAGUUUUGGAUCCUGCGGGGAGCGGGGAACCGAAGGAAGCGACGCCGAGGGAGCGGGCACACCACGGAGGGAGAGACGAGGUCCGAAAACCCGGCAGCGCUUUUACGCACUGCUGCCAACUGGCCGCUGCCGACCGUCUCCAGUUCCCGAGGACGCGCGACCGGACACCGGGUCCCGCCGCAGCCGAGGACAGCUCGCCGCUCGCCGCAGCGAGGCCCGGGGCGGCCCUUCAGGGGGACCUUUCCCAGACCGCCCGGAUGUGCACGAAAAUGGAACAGCCUUUCUAUCACGACGACUCAUACGCAACGGCGGGAUACGGUCGAACCCCUGGCAGUCUGUCUCUACACGACUACAAACUCCUGAAACCCACCUUGGCGCUCAACCUGGCGGAUCCCUAUCGGGGUCUCAAGGGCCCUGGAGCGCGCGGCCCGGGCCCAGAGGGCAGUGGGGCAGGCAGCUACUUUUCGGGUCAGGGAUCAGACACAGGCGCGUCUCUGAAGCUCGCCUCCACGGAACUGGAGCGUUUGAUCGUCCCCAACAGCAACGGCGUGAUCACGACGACGCCCACGCCUCCGGGACAGUACUUUUACCCCCGUGGGGGUGGCAGCGGUGGAGGUACAGGGGGCGGCGUCACCGAGGAGCAGGAGGGCUUCGCGGACGGCUUUGUCAAAGCCCUGGACGACCUGCACAAGAUGAACCACGUGACGCCCCCCAAUGUGUCCCUGGGCGCCAGCGGGGGUCCCCAGGCCGGGCCAGGGGGCGUCUACGCUGGUCCGGAGCCGCCUCCCGUCUACACCAACCUCAGCAGUUAUUCCCCAGCCUCUGCAUCCUCUGGAGGCGCCGGGGCCGCUGUCGGGACUGGGAGCUCGUACCCGACGGCCACCAUCAGCUACCUCCCACAUGCACCACCCUUUGCGGGCGGCCACCCGGCGCAGCUGGGCUUGGGUCGCGGCGCCUCCGCCUUUAAAGAGGAACCGCAGACCGUCCCAGAGGCACGCAGCCGCGACGCCACGCCGCCUGUGUCCCCCAUCAACAUGGAAGACCAGGAGCGCAUCAAAGUGGAGCGAAAGCGGCUGCGGAACAGGCUGGCGGCCACCAAGUGCCGGAAGCGGAAGCUGGAGCGCAUCGCGCGCCUGGAGGACAAGGUGAAGACGCUGAAGGCUGAGAACGCGGGGCUGUCGAGUACUGCGGGCCUCCUGCGGGAGCAAGUGGCCCAGCUCAAGCAGAAGGUCAUGACCCACGUCAGCAACGGCUGCCAGCUAUUGCUGGGGGUCAAAGGACACGCCUUCUGAGCGCCUCCCUCGCCCCACACGGACACCCCCAGCCCGGAAGGCUGGGCGCCCGCCCCCCACUGGGGUGAGGGGGGCAGGCGAUGGGCAUCCGCCCGGAGGCCUGGGGCGCCGCACACACACUGGACUCUGGCUCUCCCGCCUGCGCCCAGUCCCUCCACCUCGACGUUUACAUGGCCCCUCCCCCUCCACUGUCAGCGUAUUUUGUAUGUCUUUUUUUUUUUCUGGGAAGAGACCGAAUUCAUAUUGAAUAUAAUAUAUUUGUGUAUUUAACAGGGAGGGAGAAGGGGGCUAUCGCGGCGGAGCUGGCCCCGCCGCCUGGUACUCAGCCUGCCGGGACACUAGGGAGGGACCUCCGCCCCCUGCCCUCCCCCUCUGCACAGUACUGUGGAGAAGAAACACGCACUUCGUGUCUAAGAGUCUAUUUUAAGAUGUGUUUGUGUGUGUGUUUGACUUUUUAUUGAAUCUAUUUAAGUAAAAAAAAAUUGUCUUUAUUAA